UGCUUUCCUUGCUUCACAACAGACUCUGCUCCCUCCAACCUAUGGUUUCUCCUGAGCACUAGAAGACUAGGUCACACACAGGCCUUGUGCUGUCAUCGUACACUACAGAGAAUUUCACAAGUCUGUGCAACGUAGUUGAAAAAACACCAACUGCAGCAACAUAGGUUGAGAAAGGUUCAAAACGCAACCACAGUCAAAAUGUCAGACAAAAGUGAUUUAAAAGCAGAACUUGAGCGCAAAAAGCAGCGUUUGGCCCAGAUAAGAGAAGAGAAGAAACGAAAGGAAGAAGAGAGGAAGAAGAAAGAGGCCGAUCUACAGCAAAAGAAAGAACCAGCUCAGGAAGAUUCUGACCUAGACCGCAAAAGAAGAGAGACAGAAGCUUUGUUACAGAGCAUCGGUAUAUCCCCAGAACCACCUCUAGUGCAGUCGCUGCAUGUGUUAACAUGGGAUACCUGUUAUUUUCAUUAUUUAGUCCCAACCCCUAUGUCUCCCUCUUCGAAAUCAGUGAGCACACCCAGUGAUGCAGGCAGCCAGGACUCUGGAGAUCUGGGACCUAUGGGAAGGACCUUGCAAUGGGACACAGACCCCUCAGUGCUGCAGCUCCAGUCUGACUCUGAACUUGGACGCAGACUGCACAAACUAGGCGUGUCAAAGAUUACCCAGGUUGAUUUCUUACCUCGGGAGGUGGUGUCCUACUCCAAGGAGACCCAGACACCUCUUGCCACACACCAGUCUGAAGAGGAUGAAGAUGAUGAAGAGAUGGUGGAACCAAAAGCACAGGAUGACUUGGAGAUGGAAAAUCAAGACCAGAAGCAGGAAGUGAAAGAAGCUCCUCCUAGAGAACUGACAGAAGAAGAAAAACAGCAAGUUCUCCAUUCAGAAGAAUUCCUGAUAUUUUUUGACCGGACAAUACGUGUAAUUGAGCGGGCUUUGGCUGAAGAUUCAGACAUAUUCUUUGACUACAGUGGCAGAGAUGUAGAAGAGAAAGAUGGAGAUGUUCAAGCAGGAGCCAACCUCUCUUUCAAUCGUCAGUUUUACGAUGAGCACUGGUCGAAGCAUCGUGUGGUCACCUGUAUGGAUUGGUCUCUGCAGUACCCUGAAUUGAUGGUUGCUUCUUAUAACAAUAACGAAGAUGCUCCCCAUGAGCCCGAUGGGGUGGCCUUGGUUUGGAACAUGAAAUUCAAGAAAACCACACCAGAAUAUGUUUUCCAUUGUCAGUCCUCUGUGAUGUCUGUCUGCUUUGCCCGCUUUCACCCAAACCUGGUUGUUGGGGGCACGUACUCCGGCCAAAUUGUCCUGUGGGAUAAUCGCAGCCACAGGCGGACUCCGGUUCAGCGAACUCCCUUAUCUGCAGCUGCUCACACGCAUCCUGUGUAUUGUGUCAACGUCGUUGGAACACAGAACGCGCACAACCUCAUCACGGUCUCUACGGAUGGCAAAAUGUGCUCCUGGAGCUUGGAUAUGCUCUCAACUCCACAGGAGAGCAUGGAGCUGGUGUACAAUAAGUCCAAACCAGUGGCGGUUACAGGAAUGGCUUUCCCAACCGGAGAUGUCAAUAACUUUGUUGUUGGCAGCGAAGAGGGGACAGUCUACACAGCUUGUCGUCAUGGAAGUAAAGCUGGCAUUGGUGAAAUCUUUGAAGGCCACCAGGGACCUGUCACAGGAAUCAAUUGCCACAUGGCAGUGGGUCCAAUUGACUUCUCCCAUCUCUUUGUCACAUCAUCAUUCGACUGGACAGUCAAGUUGUGGACCACAAAGGUUCCCACCGCCAGCGUGACAAUUGAAGGAGCUUCUGCCCUCAACCGUGUCCGCUGGGCCCAGGCUGGCAAGGAGGUGGCAGUUGGCGACUCAGAAGGCCGCAUAUGGAUCUAUGAUGUUGGAGAGCUCGCGGUCCCGCACAACGACGAGUGGAGCCGCUUCGCCCGGACGCUGGUGGAGAUCCGCGCCAACCGGGCGGACAGCGAGGAGGAGGGGGCGGCCGAGCUGCCGGCCUAGAGGCGG